UACAUUGCUAUCCCGCGUUUGUGCUAUAGUUUACUUGACAAGUGGAUCGAGACCGAAACAAUAGCAAAUUCUUGGACGCUCGCGGUCGCUUUGUUUUGUUUUGUUUCGUUUCUUUUUGUGCCGGUACAUUUUAUUUCACGCCUUUUGAAAACUUUUCCUAUCAGUGCCUACUUUAUCAAAGCUGGAGCGUUCGGAAGGACAAGCUUUCCGCGAAAAAGCAUCAUGGCAGCGAAUCGCAACGUUUCGUCGUAUGUAGAAAUUGAUGGCAGGCAGAACGUGAAUAUGCAGCCCGAUUCGGAAAACGAAGCCAACAAUGGAGAAGACACGGAUGACGCAAGCGAAACGGAGCUACUGUCCAGAAUGAACAAUCAGCCCAGCGUUGACGAACGGAUGGAAAUCCGAGAGCAGAUGUACCGGGAAAAGCGUGCGUAUCUGUUCGGUCAGCUGGAACUUUGCAAGCAGCGCAAACAUCCGGAGUAUCUGAAGAUUGUGGAUCGCCUGGAAAACGAGCUGAACGAUCGUUUGCUGCUGAACGAGGUCGAACGCGACUAUCUGCUAGCGUGUGCCGAGCGUGAGUGCAUCCUGGAGAAGGCAGCCGCAGAAAAGGAGUACGAGGAAAAGAAGGCAGAGCUAAUAGAAAAUUUGAUUGCCGAUCUGGAGGACCAGAAGAAAACCAUCGAGCAAGAGUUCGCCACGAUGGAGCUAACUGGUGACUCGAUUGACGUGAAGCCAAAGGUAACGCGAAAGUUGCGCCGACGGCCGAACGAGCCCCUGCCGGUGCCGGAAAAGCGCCGCAAGCCCGCUACAAACCAUCUAACCUUUUUGCUGGACGACAAAGAGAUAGAAUACGAUCUGAAGCUAAUUGCACGUAGCAAACCAACCUCAGCCAACCGUGCCACACAGCAUGCAACGAACGAGGGCGCUAGUGGAAGCAGCAGCACCAGUACGACAGUUACCGCUCACAAUCGGAGCAGUGGUGCCAUCAACUCUGUAUCGAAUGUAUCCGACCACAAUGGUACCCCUCAAGACGGCUACGGUAGUGGAGCGGCUUCUACCGGACCGGUUGCGAGCGGUCAAUCAUACCAGCAGCCAUCGCUGACGGAUACACGAAUCGAGGACGGUAAGCUGUGGUAUGAACGGCGAUGGUUUCACCGUGGUCAACCGGUACACGUCGAGGGUCGGGAUAUCUCUCGCUUCUCGGCCAACAUCUCUGCCAUCGGAAUCGAGGCAAUCUGCGUGAAAAAGACGUCCGACGGGCAGAAGGUGCGCAUCUGCCUCUCGCAUUUGCGCCGGGGCAAAGUGUCGAUCAAGCGUCGAGCGAAUUAGUGGUUUGUUGCGAAUUUGUUGCUGCAUUGACUAUUCCUUCUUCUUCGUGUCCGUCGUAUUACACGUUCGGCAUUUAUUCUUAAUUCAUUAUGGUUUAUAUUGCUAGUAUCGCGGUAUCGACCAGAUACAGCAGAUCCGAUGCGUUAGAUAAGAUUAUUUAACGGUUGUUUUAGGCAUCCAAAGCAUCCUGAAUAUAAUACAAAUUGCGAGUAGUGAGCUAUUAUUAGUGUGAGCUAGCGGGGUGAGAAUACACGACUGUAAUAACAAAAGGCUGAAUGCGUUGGCUUUCGAAGCUCCGCAGGAAUGUUAUGCCCUUCCGCCGGAAGGAUCGAUUAUACAGCUAUGGGUUAUUCCAUUCCACCUAUUGUUAGCCAUUAGACGUGGCAGGCCAAGAUUAUUCCAUGAAAAUAAUAAACAAACGCAAUCGUUUAUUAAAAUAA